CUGCGAUCGAUAUUGUAUUCCAAAUUUGUCAAGACGAAAACAAGAUUGGAUGAAAAUUGUAUAAAAUCAAGAGUUAAGACUAACCCCAAUACCAUCCGGACGACGACCGUGCUAGAUUAUCACUCAUCUUCCUGCCUCACUCCCCACGAUAUAUAUCAUACUAGUGUCGUUCUGUCACAUUGUCUGGAAUUAAAGAGACCACCGCGGAUUGGCACUGUUCUUAUACAUAAGUCACACCACGCGAACCCUAACCGAUGGAGCAAAACACCUUGAAACGACGGGGCGUCGGCCUCACUGGUGUAGAUAAAGGCCGAUCUUUUGGCGGAUAUACACUUUUCUGCCCCUUGACCAGCGAUACAGCCUACCUAGUCGAUAUCGAUGGAAGAGAAGUGCAUUCAUGGAAGCUCCCAGGCAGGAUUGGCCGACAUGCCCGGAUCCUGCCAAAUGGAAACCUCGCUGUUAACACCCUGCGAAAAUCCGAGCUCACGACCAAGGAUGGAGGUCCCUACCCAUUUCCUUUCUUCAAUAAGUACGGCGGCGGCGUUAUGAGCGAGUUGGAUCCAGAUGGCAAAGUUGUUCGUCAAUUCACCGACCCAUUCGGUCAUCAUGACCAAUACCAUUAUGGAGAUGGCCGGUUUCUCUAUACCAGCCUCGAAGCACUAUCGCCAGAAGAGUCAGCAAAAGUCAUCGGUGGAGUGCCUGGAACUGAAAUAGAUGGUAUCACAUAUGCCGACACCAUCAACGAAGUUGACGAGAACGGCCAGCUUGUCUGGCAGUGGAAGGUGUCCGAGAGACUACCCAGGGAAGAAUUCCCGCUUCAGCCUCACUACACGCGCGAGCACUACCCCCUAAUCAACUCGGUCCUCCCCACGCGCGACGGCAAGCACAUCCUCGCCUCCAUGCGAUCGGUGUCGGCGGUGGUCAUGAUCGAGAGAUCCACGGGCGACAUCGUGUGGAAGCUCGGGCCGGAGGUCCUGGCGCAGCAGCACAACGCCACGGAGCUCGACAGCGGAAACAUCCUCAUCUUCGACAACGGCGCCUUCCGAAACGGCGAGUCCGUCACCUACACCCGCGCCGUCGAGGUGGACAGUGCGACCAGGGAGAUCGUCUGGGAGUACCGCGACCGCUCGCAGAUGCUCUACUUCUUCACGCCCUUCAUGGGCAGCGCCCAGAGGCUGCCCAACGGCAACACCCUGCUCUGCGAGAGCGCCUUUGGGCGCAUCUUUGAGGUCGCACGGGACGGCUAUAUCUGCUGGGAGUACGUGAACCCGCACUUUGCCCCAUAUCCGGACGAGGCGACGGCGAAGAUGUUCCCGGGAGAGUCGAACGCGUUGUUUCGAGCGUACCGCUACGGCCUGGAAGAGAUCCCCUGGCUCAAUAAAAAGCUGGAAGGUUCUCGACAAGUACCUUGUGGCAAGUUGUAGGGCAAAGGGUUCGCCGGCAUUGGGAAGACACGGCCGAUCGCUAGAUCGUACAAGGGAUGGUAAGCACAGUGGGUGCGCGCAUUCUAGUAGAACAUAUGUAUUCUACAAGGUGUUUGGACAUUGUCUAGUGGAACAUCACAUUGACUGAAUACACACUGGACUGUGCUGCGAAUAUUAGCUUGUUAAAAUAAAGAUAAAUUAGAAGUAUCAAUAACUCG